AUGAUCAGGGGAAGCCUCUUUAAAACACUUCACAAGAACAAUCAGUCGUUAGAUAUCAGACGUCGUCUGAGGAUGGCUCUUGAUGUGGCAAGAGGUAUGAAUUAUUUGCAUCACAGAAACCCACCAAUAGUACAUAGAGACCUAAAAUCUUCGAACCUGCUUGUUGACAAAAACUGGACUGUCAAGGUUGGAGACUUUGGCCUAUCAAAGUUGAAGAAUGCAACCUUCUUAACUGCAAAAUCUGGACGAGGAACGCCUCAGUGGAUGGCACCCGAAGUCCUUCGCAAUGAACCAUCAAAUGAGAAGUACAUCCAGAAGCUAAUCUUUGAGUCAGAUGUCUUCAGUUUUGGGGUCAUUGUUUGGGAACUAAUGACUGAAUCUAUACCGUGGAGCAACUUGAAUUCCUUGCAGGUGGUUGGAGUUGUUGGCUUCAUGGAUCACAGGUUGGACAUACCCGAAGGCCUUGAUCCCCGAGUUUCCUCCAUUAUCCAUGACUGUUGCCAAAGCAACCCGGAACACCGCCCAUCAUUUGAAGACAUUAUUCAGAGAAUGACAGACUUGAUCCAGACAAUUUCAGGAGUGUCAGCUAAGAGGAGCUCAUAA